AACAUUUCUUUUUUCUUCGAAAUUUACUCGUUUAAAAAGUAAAAAAUAUGUUUCUGAAUCAAAUUCAAAUAUAAAUCAAAGAAAUUUGUAAAUACCGUUACCAAAGCCAAAUCACCAGCACAUGAUGAGCGCGCGCAGCAUCGGCAUGCUGAAAAUGAUCAGACACUCUUGGCGCACGUUUCCACGACGUUUGGCCACCAAGGUGACCACGGUGGGCGGCGAUGAAGUGGGCAGUGGAACCGGAAUCGGCCAGAUCACCGGCGGCGUGCGAACAAGCGACGGUCCGCAGAAGGUGAACACGCCGUCCAAGGAGAUUGUCACCCACUUGCCGCCCCUCACUGAGCCCCUGCCCAAUCUGCCAGAGGCUGUCUACGCUGCUCCACUGGCGGAGAGUGCCGUUACCAAAGUGACGACCUUGCCCAACGGUCUAAGGGUUGCCUCGGAGCCGCGCUACGGACAGUUCUGCACAGUUGGCCUGGUUAUUGACUCUGGACCACGAUACGAGGUGGCCUACCCAAGCGGAGUCUCGCAUUUUCUUGAAAAGUUGGCCUUCAAUUCCACAGUAAACUUUCCCAACAAGGACGCAAUACUUAAGGAGCUGGAGAAGAACGGCGGCAUCUGCGACUGCCAGAGCUCUCGCGACACACUCAUCUAUGCCGCCAGCAUCGACAGCCGUGCCAUCGAUUCAGUGACGCGUCUGCUGGCGGACGUUACCCUGCGGCCAACGCUCAGCGAUCAGGAAGUGAAUCUGGCCAGGCGAGCCGUCAACUUUGAACUGGAAACGCUGGGCAUGCGGCCGGAGCAGGAGCCCAUUUUAAUGGAUAUGAUCCACUCGGCGGCCUACAGAGACAACACCUUGGGCCUGCCCAAGCUUUGUCCACUGGAGAACCUUGACCACAUCGAUCGGAAGGUGCUGAUGAAUUACCUCAAGUACCACCACUCUCCCAAGCGCAUGGUCAUCGCUGGUGUGGGAGUGGAUCAUGAUGAGUUGGUGAGCCAUGUUAAACAGUACUUUGUGGAAGACAAAGCCAUCUGGGAAACAGAAGCCCUGGAUGAUUUGGGACCCAAGCAAGUUGACACAUCUAUUGCUCAAUACACCGGUGGCUUAGUUAAGGAACAAUGCGAAAUCCCCAUUUAUGCUGCCGCUGGUCUUCCUGAGCUGGCACAUGUUGUCCUUGGUUUUGAGGGCUGCUCCCAUCAGGAUAAGGACUUCGUACCACUUUGCGUCCUGAACAUAAUGAUGGGUGGCGGUGGCUCCUUCUCUGCCGGCGGUCCUGGCAAGGGCAUGUACUCGCGUUUGUAUACGAAAGUGCUAAAUCGCUACCAUUGGAUGUAUAGCGCCACGGCCUACAACCAUGCCUACGCUGACACUGGGCUGUUCUGCAUCCACGGCAGCGCACCGCCACAGCACAUGAACGAUAUGGUCGAGGUGCUGACCCGUGAGAUGAUGGGUAUGGCCGCUGAGCCGGGUCGGGAGGAGCUGAUGCGCUCAAAGAUUCAGCUGCAGUCCAUGCUGCUGAUGAACUUGGAGUCGCGACCUGUUGUAUUCGAAGAUGUGGGCCGCCAAGUGCUGGUGACGGGGCACCGCAAACGACCUCAGCAUUUUAUCAAGGAAAUUGAGAGUGUGACUGCCGCCGACAUUCAGCGCGUUGCGCAGCGGGUUUUGAGUUCUCCGCCCUCGGUGGCGGCCCGUGGUGAUAUUCACAAUCUCCCAGAGAUGAGCCACAUCACCAACGCUGUCAGUGGGUCGGGACGCAGCGGUUUGGGUCGUCGACUUUCCCUGUUUAAAUAGCGCUGGAUGUGAGACCACCACGAUCCAAAAGACCCUUUAGCUUUGUUGGACUCGUAUUCACAAUUUUGUACGAAGGCAAUCGUGUUAAGUUUAAAUUGGCUUAAAAAUUUACCAAAAUUUGAUUUGGCUA